UAUAAAUAGGACCUCUAUGGUUGCCCAAAGACACAUAACAAACAACAAUAUUCUACGUAGAUGAUGAUGAAAAGAGUGGGGGCUUGGAUGUUGCUAGCAUUAUUGGCUUUCGUUGGCGAAUGGUCUGGUAGUUGUUAUGGGUGUUUGGAGGAAGAGAGGAUUGGUCUCUUGGAGAUCAAAGCUUUGAUGGACCCAGAUGGCGUUUCCUUGAGAGAUUGGGUGGACAGUAGUAAUUGUUGUGAGUGGCAUAGGAUCGAGUGUGAUAACACUACAAGGCGAGUGGUCCGACUCUCUCUUUGGGACGCAAGGGAUUUCCGCUUGGGCGAUUGGGUUCUCAACGCAUCUUUCUUUCAGCCUUUUAAAGAAUUGCAAAGUCUUGAAUUGGAAUUUAAUGGAUUGGUUGGUUGCUUGGAGAAUGAAGGCUUCGAAGUCCUAUCAUCAAAACUGAGGAAUCUUGACCUGAGUGAUAACCGAUUUGAUAAAAAUGAUAAAAGCAUUUUGUCAUGUUUCAAUGGGCUUUCCAUUCUCAGGUCUUUAGAUCUAUCAUAUAAUGAGUUGACAGCUGGAUCAGGAGGUAGCUUCUAUGGUCUCAAAGUCUUGUCAUCAAGGUUGAAAAAGCUGGAGAACCUUCAUCUAAGGGGGAAUCAAUACAACGAUACCGUUUUUCCAUCUCUAACUGGAUUUUCAUCCCUCAAGUCUUUGGAUCUGUCGUACAAUGAGUUGACAGGAUCAGGUUUCAAAGUCUUGUCAUCAAGGUUGAAAAAGCUGGAGAACCUUGACCUGAGUGAGAAUCAAUGCAACGAUAGCAUUUUUCCAUCUCUAACUGGAUUUUCAUCCCUCAAGUCUUUGGAUCUGUCAAACAAUCAGCUGACAGGAUCUAUCAAUAGUUUUGAGAUCAUAUCAUCACAUUUGGGGAAACUCGAGAACCUGGACCUGAGCUAUAAUAUAUUCAACGACAGCAUUUUAUCACAUCUGAGUGGACUUUCAUCCCUCAAGUCUUUAAAUUUAUCAGGCAAUAUGUUGCUAGGAUCGACGGCUGUCAAUGGUUCAAGGAAGCUGGACUUCCUGCAGUCAUUGCGUUCAUUGCCAUCCCUGAAGACCCUUUCUCUCAAGGAUACUAAUUUAAGUCAAGGAACUUUCUUCAAUUUAAGCACCCUUGAAGAAUUGCAUCUAGAUAAUACUUCUCUCCCAAUAAACUUUCUCCAGAACAUUGGAGCAUUGCCUGCUCUUAAAGUUUUGUCUGUUGGUGAAUGUGACCUCCAUGGCACCCUACCUGCUCAAGGUUGGUGUGAAUUGAAGAAUCUGAAGCAGUUAGAUCUCUUUAGAAAUAAUUUAGGAGGUUCACUCCCAGAUUGUUUGGGGAACUUGUCAUCUUUACAACUAUUAGAUGUUUCUGAAAACCAGUUUACUGGAAAUAUUGCCUCCGGUCCUCUUACCAACCUCAUAUCCCUUGAAUUCCUCUCACUAUCAAAUAACCUCUUUGAAGUUCCCAUUUCAAUAAAGCCUUUCUUGAACCACUCAAGCCUCAAGUUCUUCUCUAGUGAGAACAACAGACUAGUAACAGAACCCGCUGCCUUUGAUAAUUUGAUUCCCAAGUUCCAACUAGUCUUUUUCCGCUUGUCAAGUAGGCCAACAUCAGAAGCAUUCAAUGUAGAUAUUCCUGACUUUCUCUAUUACCAAUACGACUUAAUAACCCUUGAUCUCUCCCACAACAACAUCACCGGAAUGUUUCCUUCGUGGUUGCUUAAGAACAAUACACGAUUGGAGCAACUAUAUCUGAGCGACAACUCCUUUGUUGGUACUUUACAGUUGCAAGAUCACCCAUAUUUGAAUUUGGCCGAAUUAGAUAUUUCCAACAAUAACAUGAACGGUCAAAUUUCAAAAGAUAUUUGUUUAAUCUUUCAAAAUCUAUGGACCUUAAGGAUGGCUAAGAAUGGAUUCACAGGUUGUAUUCCUUCUUGUUUAGGAAAUAUUAGCUCUCUUUCAUUUUUAGAUUUAUCCAACAAUCAAUUGUCUACAGUACAACUAGAACAACUAACAACAAUAUGGGUUCUCAAGCUGUCAAACAACAAUUUGGGUGGGCAAAUACCGACCUCGGUGUUCAAUUAUUCUCGCCUGAAUUUUCUUUACCUAAGUGGUAACAACUUUUGGGGUAAGAUAUCAGAUUUUCCAUUACAUGGGUGGAAAGUAUGGAAUGUAUUAGAUUUGAGUAACAAUCAAUUUUCAGGCAUGCUUCCAAGGAGCUUCGUUAAUUUUUCGAACCUUGGAGUAAUUGAUUUGUCCAGAAACCAUUUUAAGGGUCCGAUCCCAAGAGACUUUUGUAAGUUUGACCAGCUUGAAUAUUUGGACUUUUCUGAGAACAACUUGUCUGGAUAUAUACCAUCUUGUUUUAGUCCACCACAAAUAACCCAUGUGCAUCUAUCCAAAAAUGGAUUGAGUGGUCCAUUAACAUAUGGAUUUUAUAACAGCUCUUCCCUGGUUACAAUGGAUCUUCAAGAAAACAGCUUCACCGGCUCCAUUCCAAAUUGGAUUCGCAAUCUUUCAUCAUUGAGUGUUCUUCUUCUGAGGGCUAAUCAUUUUGAUGGUGAGCUCCCUAUUCAGUUAUGCUUGUUAGAACAAUUAAGCAUUUUGGAUGUUUCACACAACCAGCUCUCUGGUCCACUACCCUCCUGUUUAGGCAAUCUUACUUUCAAGGAAAGUUACCAGAAAGCGAUAUUGGGAGUCGGAUAUGGUAUUGUAUCAACGCCAGAAAAAGCUUAUUAUGAAACAAUAGGCCCACCACUAGUGGAUAGUGUGUACAACCUGAGAAAUUUUGUUUUGCUUAACUUUACAGAAGAAGUGACAGAAUUUACAACUAAAAAUAUGUAUUAUGGAUACAAGGGGAAAGUUCUCAGCUACAUGUCUGGUAUUGAUCUCUCCAACAACAACUUCAUAGGAGCAAUCCCACCAGAAUUUGGAAACUUAAGUGAGAUACUGUCCUUAAACUUAUCACAUAACAAUCUCACUGGAUCUAUCCCUGCAACAUUCUCAAACCUAAAGCAGAUUGAGAGUUUGGAUCUUUCUUACAACAAUUUGAAUGGUGUCAUCCCUCCACAACUUACUGAAGUUACCACACUGGAAGUUUUUAGUGUGGCAUAUAAUAACUUGUCAGGUAAGACACCUGAGAGAAAAUAUCAGUUUGGGACCUUCGAUGAAAGCUGUUACAAAGGAAAUCCUUUCAUGUGUGGACCCCCAUUGCGAAACAAUUGUAGUGAGGAAGCAGUGUCGUCACAGCCAGGGCCUAAGGAUGAACAAGGAGAUGAUGGUUUCAUAGACAUGGAGUUUUUCUACAUCAGUUUCGGUGUAUGUUACACAGUUGUGGUGAUGACAAUUGCAGCAGUUCUCUACAUCAAUCCAUUUUGGCGACGCAGGUGGUUGUUCUUCAUCGAAGACUGCAUAGAUACUUACUACUAUUUUGUGGUGGCUAGUUUUUGCAAGUUCUCCAACUUCAGAACAUGAAUUUGCUAUGAUUGUAUGUCUAGCUAUUGGGUGCUUCAUUUGUAGUGUACUGUCUCUAAGCUCAGCCUUUCUAUUUGAUUAGUUAUUUGGGCUAAAUAUGUAACAGCCACGACUUGUCAUUCCAGAACCAUUAGGAAGGGAACUGAUUUGGAUUGGUCAUUGAA